UUUAAGUGGACAAAUUUGAGAGUAAUGGGUCAGGCAUUUCGUCGAGCAACUGGAAGGAUCGGCAGCUCGGGAGUUGAUACCACGCCGUCAGUGUCAUCGAAGAUCAAGAAACCCAUUGGCGAGAACCCACCGGCGGUUCCUAGUGACAAGGUUCCCAUUAAUGACGUUGAUUCUGAGGAUGCAGCUAGAGUGAAUGCAGAAAAUGUUCUUGAAGAGCGAGAUCCAGGAUAUGAUGCUAUGCUUGGUCAAAUGGUAGGUAGGAUUCAAUCAAAACCUGGAGGAAAGCUUGAGAUGGGCGAGGCCUUUUUGGUGGAGAAGUACAAAAGGCCUUUGCCUAAACUAAGGAAUACGACACUAGAUUCUAGCAGAUACGAGGAAUUACCUGCUCCUCCCGGAACCCUAAAUGUUGCACAAAUACGCCAAAUCAUCCUGCUGCACCAAGGCAAGGCUGAUGAUCAUGAUGGUCCUAUGAAUAUUCCUCAAAUUGCUGAGAGGUUUCAUGUCGAUGCUGCCCAAGUUCAAAGGAUCAUCCAGUUCACAGCACUUCCUCCAGAGAACAGCAGUAAAAGAAAAGAUAACCAAUGACCAUAGUAUUCAUAUUUGAGCUUUGCUUUACAAAUGAACCUCUUGCUCAAGGGAAAUAUCUUCUAGAAAUUUUCGGAUUAUACUAUGCUGGUGAUUGCAUUGUUUUAGUAGGAAAUCGUGAUAUAUAACAUUGUAGUCCUAGAUAUUUUCUACUUCUUUAUAAGCUAAUCCCAUUACGGAGGAGGAUUAGAGAAUACUAUUGAGCAUCAAGAAUCAAAGAAAUUACCUGCAACAAAGGGGGAAAUGAGCCAGGAGCCGUCAUUGAUAAAUCUAUAUGUUUUUGGCAUAGGGAGAAAUGAGCAAAGUAGCUGGUUAGAGGAGAGGAGAUUUUUGAUAUUCAGGGAACAAAAAUUUUUAUUGCGUAUUUUUUUUUUCGAUAUCCCAUAUUUGAUUGUAUUGGACGCUUUAUUAGACAAAUAUUAUUUUUUUCU